AUGACUUCUGUUAAAGUCCUUAUACCUUCAGUUGCUAUUGAAGUUAUUUUGCAUAAACAAUUGUGGCAAAGGACGUCUUUAAGAAAUUUAACAUUAUGUUUAGCCGGUAUUAAUGCUUAUUGGUUUGCAACUACUUUAAAUUGGAGCUUCUUGGAGACUCCCUUCUUUUUAAAAUCACCUCACUUGUCUGAUCAACAAAAGGUGGGUUACAGAAGACAACGCUUUAACUGGUUAAAUAAAAUCGAGAUUGCUGUAACUGUUCUUGGUUUAGAUUUGUACUGUGAAUGGAGAAAACGAAUUCUUGAUAAUAACGGGUAUAUUGAUGCUUGCUUAGCUAGAUCGAUUUGGAUUCCUGCAACAGUCACAGCUAUUCAAGCAGUUUAUCUUCUUCCUAAAUUAAACAAAAAAUCAAAAGAAAUUCCUUCUUCAACACAAUCUAAUGAAAAAUGUGCAUCGUUUCCAAAAGCACAUUGUGCUUAUAUUGGAUUUGAAGCUGUCAAACUUACAGGAUUAGCAGUUGCUGGUCUUCGAUUUGGUAAAAUGCUUACACUUUAA